AUGCGCGUGGUGGGCCUCAUCAGCGGUGGCAAGGACUCCAUUUGGAACUUGCACUACUGCGAACAGUUCGGGCAUGAGAUCGUGUGCGUCGCAAACCUCGCCCCUCCGGCUGGGAUUGCUGAGCUGGAUUCCUACAUGUACCAGACCGUCGGCUCGGAGCUCGUGGAGACCAUGGCCUCUGCCCUGGGUCUGCCUUUGGUGCGGCGCGCUAUCGCGGGAGCACCCACAAACGUCGACUCGAGCGUUUAUGCGUCCGUGAAGGGCCGCAUACAGCUUUCUCCUCAAUCGGACGCCGGUGCGAAGGGGCCUGCAGCAGAUGUGUUGGUGUUGGAAAACGAGCAGCAGCUUUCGCAGGAUGCACCGCGAGUGCAGAAGACGAUGUAUUUGAGAGUGGAGGGUGGGUUGAUCCAAGAUGCCAAUUAUUUCGGACUUGUGGAUGGCAAUCUCGAAGAUGUGGAUGUGAAGGAAGACUGCGUGACCUUCCUUGCGCAAGGGGAGCGGGUGUCGAUCGAUCUUCCUCCGCGGACGAUCAACGUCGAGGCUUGCUCGGCCCGCUUCAGGAAGGCAGAUCUUAUCCUCUCCUGGCCCGCCAAAGACGAUCCAGCGCCUGCCAACGGCUAUGCGGACCCCGUCACGGCUCCGCCAGCAGCCACCGGAAACGAGGUGCGCUUUCAUCUCGCCGCUGCUGCUCGCUGGGCGGCACAUCGCCUCGGGCAGCUGCAGAUUCCAGAGUGCUCAGGCUUCCAGCGUUUCAAGGCGGAGGUUGGCUUGGCCGAGUUGGCGUUGUACGGGCUCCGAGUUUGUCGCCUCGGCACGCCGCCAGCGCUCUCCGUUCACCUCAGCGCCACGGAGGCCAGGCUUGCCGAGUCUCUUCGGGCACUCAGCGCCGGCGAGGAGCCGGAUGCGCAGGUAAUGGCCGACGUGCGCACCACCGUCGAUCGCGCUUUGGGAGCAGUGGAUGACCUGAGCUUCGAGGUUCCGCCGGUGACGCCCAUGGGGCUACCAGCACAGAGCCAGGUCGGUCCUGGUUUGGCGGGCUACCGCUGGGCCCUUCGCGAUGGAAGCCUUAUCGGACCUGGCAUAGGCACUUGGAAGCUGUCACCUGCAGAAGCUACUGCCAGCGUAGCUGCUGCCUUGGCAUCAGGCAUUCGGCAUGUGGAUACGGCCGCAGAGUACAACACCGAAGCUGCGGUCGCCGAAGGGAUCCAGAAAGCUGGAGUUCCCAGGGAGGAAGUCUUCGUGAACGUGAAGGUGGCAGCAGAUUCUGCAGAGGACAUUCGGGCGCAGAUCGACAUCUCCAUGUCCAAAUGGG